UCGUCAGCAUUUCAUUUGAUUUGCUUUCCUCUCAACUUGUUUCCUUCAUUUUCUCUGUUCAAUCCUUCUUUCCAUCAUCUUCUGCUGCUACCCUCUGCACCGCAUCUUCACAUCCCUUUACACACACCAACUCAUCCUCACGUUGCUCUUUUUCUCACCCUUUCUUUUCAUUUGAUUUAAUUUGAUUUCAUCUCAACUCAGUUCCCUCCAUUGUUUGCGGAUCAAUCCUUCUUCCGCUACUCUCUGGACCUCAUUUUGCCUCCCUUUACUAAAAAUCAGCUUAUUUUCACUUUUCUCAUCCUUUGUUUCAUAUCCUAAUCUGAUUCAUUUGCUUCUUUUGUUCCAAUUGUGUCUUUAUUUUUGUUUGGCACCUAUUUAUUUUUCCAAACUCAAAAAAAAAAAAAAAAAAAAGAAUUAGAAGAUGUCCGACCCUUGUUCGUUUUGUCAGAACGCUGCUGCAAAUUUUGUUGGGAACUUGUUUGGUGAAAUUUUCACCCUAAUCUCAAAGCCAAUUAUUCUUGUGUUCAAGUGCGACAAUAAUGUUAACUAUUUGAUGAACAAAGUUACUGAGCUGAAGCGUGAGAAAGAGGCUGUGGAGAACUUUGCUGGAGCUGUUGGCAGAAAAGGGGAACAGAUUACACCAAAGCUCAGUGAUUGGCUGACCGGGGCCAACGAUUGCAUUGAAGCUGCGGAGAAAUUAGUACCUGAUGCUGCAGAGAAAUUAGUAGCUGAUGCUGAAGGAAAUGCCAAGAAGAAGUGUUUCUUUGGGCUCUGUCUCAAUCCCAAAUCUCGCUACCAACUCAGCAAAAAAGCCAAGGAGAAUUCUGAGGUUAUUGUUGAUCUUGUGAAUAAAGCUCGUGAAUUCGACCUCCCACUUUCCCAAAUUCCUGCUCCACAAAAACAAGUGGCCGCGCCUGUCGAAGGUUUUGAUUGUUUUUACUCAAGAGAGGAUGUUCUGGAGAGGAUCAUGAAGGCACUGCAGAGUCAAAGCAGCAGCAUUAUAGGGGUGCACGGGAUGCCUGGCAUGGGGAAGACGAUGCUGGCCAAAGAAAUAAAAAGAAAAGCAGAGCAAGACAAGCUGUUCGAUGUGGUAGUUAUGGCUCUUGUUUCGAGGAAUGUAGACUUGAGAAAUGUUCAAGUUGAAAUUGCCCGUGGCUUGGGUCUUGAUCUGCUUCCUUAUGGAAUUAGAUCACAGGAUGCUGCUGAAUGUAUUAGAGGAAGGCUGAAGAAAAUGAAGAAGGUUUUGAUCAUUCUGGAUGAUAUUUGGAGGCCUGGAAUAGAUUUGGAGGAGCUUGGAAUUCCUCUGAGAAACGAGCCCAAAACAAUAGAGGGGAGCUCAUCAAGAGAAGAAUAUGCAGAAUGCUACAUUCUGCUAACUUCCAGAGAUUCUAAUGUUUUAUCCGAUCUGAUGGGUUCUCAACAGAACUUUCCACUUCAUCAUUUAAAAGAUGAAGAAGCAUGGGAGUUGCUUAAAAGGAUAGUCGGUGACCGAGCAGAGAGUGAUGAUAUACAUAGCGCAGCUAUUGAGAUUGUCCGUGAAUGUGGGGGCUUGCCCCUUGCAAUUACAACAAUGGCAAAGGCUUUGAAAAAUAAGAAGCCUUACGAAUGGAUGGAUGCUGUGAGAACACUAAAAAGGCCCUCUUCAGAAAACUUUGAUGGCAUAUCUGCAAAUGUUUAUUCUGCUAUUGAGCUCAGUUACUUUCAUUUGGAAAGCGAGAAGCUCAAGAAAACAUUUUUGCUUUGUUGCCUAAUGGGUCACAAGUUUCUUCUUCAAGACUUGUUGAACUAUGGUGUGGGCUUAGGCUUAUUUGCUAAUACCAUAGAGGAAGCACGAAAUGAAGUGCUUACUUUGAUAAGCAAGCUCAGAGCCGCUUCUUUGCUCGUUGAUGAUUCUGACAAUAACCGUUUCGACAUGCAUGACCUUAUCCAUGAUGUGGCUGUAUCAAUAACAAGUAGGGAUCGUCGUGGGUUGCUGCUAACAGGGGAUCAUGUACCAAAGGAGUGGUCAGACAUGGAGAAAAGGAAAGAUUUCAAAUGGAUCUGUCUGCGAUAUUCUAAUGUUGAUGGGUUACCUGAAGAGUUAGAAAGCCUCCGUCUUACUCUCUUUCGGUUGGGUAAUAAAAAUCCUUCUCUGCAAAUUCCAGCAAAUUUUUUCAAGGGAAUGCCAAGACUCAAGGUAUUGGAUUUGACUCACAUGCAUAUGUCAUUCCUGCCUUCAUCAAUUUGCCUCUUGCAGAAUCUCCAUACAUUAUGUUUGGAUCAAAGCGUGUUGGGGGACAUACGUAUUAUUGGAGAGCUGAAGAAUUUAGAAAUUCUUAGCCUAUGGCAAUCUGAUUUUGAUGAGCUUCCAAGGGAAAUUGGGCAGUUGACUCGGCUAAAGUUAUUAGAUUUGAGUAACUGUACUAAACUCAAAAUAAUUCCCCCAUGUGUCUUGGCAAAAAUGUCCAUAUUAGAGGAACUAUACCUGGGAAACAGCUUCCACGGAUGGGCGGUUGAGGAAAAUGAAAAUCAAAGAAAUGCGAGCCUUGCUGAGUUGAAGCAUUUAAAGAAAUUGACUAAUUUAGAGGUAUGCAUUCCUGAUAUUCAGAUGAUCCCAAAAGAUUUGUUCUUUGAAAAUUUGAAAAAAUUCAAAAUAUUCAUUGGGCGUAAGUGGGAAGGCCAGUAUAGCUCCUCUGAAAGCUCAAGAAUAUUGAAGUUGCACUUAAAUGCAUCCAAUAAUUCUAGCCAUUUAGUUAAAAUGUUGUUGAAGGUGACUGAAGAGCUACAUCUAAGGGAGUUGGGAGGUGUAAAGAAUGUGGUUGAUGAGUUAAAUACUGAAGGUUUUCCAGAUUUGAAGUAUCUCAAUGUCCACAAUGCUCUAGAGGUUCAACAUAUCAUUAAAUCAGUGGAGGGGUUUCCUUUCAAUGCAUUUCCCAGCUUGGAAGAAUUAAUUCUCCAGAAUUUGAUUAAUUUGGAGAAGAUAUUUCAAGGCCGGCUCAGAGACACAGCUUUUAACAAUUUAAGAACUAUUACUAUUGAAUGUUGUGAUAAGUUCGGGGAAGUGCUACGGUCUUUGAGAUUGGGACGCCUACCUAAACUGAGUAGUCUCAACAAAAGUUGCAGGCACAUGCCACUUUUCAAUGAACAGGUUGCAUUUCCGAACCUAGAGGAGUUACAAUUAUCUUGGAUUAAUGUUAAGACCAUAUGGCACGUUUCGAUAUCAUCUUCUCAUGUUGCAAAACUGAGGAAGUUGAUCAUUGAGGGCUGUGAUAAUUUGGAAUAUCUAUUCACAUCUUCUGUGGCUAGAGAUCUGGUAAUGCUUGAACACCUUAAAAUAGGGGGAUGCAAGAAGAUGGGAAAGGUUCUUUUUAUAGAGAAUGUAGAAGAAAAUGGGAAUUUGGUUUUCCCUCAACUGAGGAUUCUAGAGAUACAAGACCUUCCAAAACUAGAAAGAUUCUGCCACGGCAAUUACAUCAAAUUCCCCUGCCUUUCGCAACUUUUGAUCAUGAGCUGCCCUGUAUUAAAGACGUUCAUCUCAUCAAGCUCUAGUUUUGACACUGGUACACUUCCUCUAUUUGACGCAAAGAUAUUUGCUUCAGAACUCUCAAGCUUCCCAAGAGCAAAUGGGGAUGACCAACUUGAAGUUGAUAUUAAAUAUUCCCUUUUCUGGACAGGCAAGGCUACAUUCCCCAGUCUAGAAGAACUGACAUUGGCAUAUAAUGAUAAUAUGAAAGAGAUAUGGCAUGGGCAGCAUAUUCCAGGGGAUUAUUUUCCCAAACUAAAAGUUCUUGAGUUCACCGAGUUCCCUGAGCAAUUAGUUGUCCAGCCUUUUGUCUUUCAAUCUCCAAAUCUUGAAAAGCUUGUUGUGAGUAGAGCUCCCUUUCAAGAAAUAUUCAAAUGUCAAGGACUUGGUGGUGUGGAAAAACCUGCACCUGCACCUGCACUUAUUCAAUUAAGUGGAUUGAGGUUGUCUGAACUUCACGAGUUAACAUGUCUCUGGAAGGAAGAAUCAAAUUUGGAUUCAGUUUUCUCUAAUCUGAAAAUUCUUGAAGUGCUACAGUGUAGCAAAUUAAAGAUUUUAGUGCCAUCCUUCAUAUCUUUCAAGAAUUUGACAACUUUAGAAGUAUCUGAUUGUCAUGAACUCAUAAAUUUAAUUGAAUACUCAACAGCCAAAAGCAUGGUGCAACUCACAAGAAUGGGUAUAAGUGAAUGUCAUAUGUUAAAAGAAAUUAUGGCUUGUGUGGAUGAUGAAGCGAAGGAUGGCAUUGUCUUUAGCCGACUCAAGUAUUUGCAACUUUGUGGUCUACCAAGAUUGGCAAGCUUUUGCUCGGGGAGCUGCAGCUUUGAAUUCGUAUCUUUGGAAGAAGUAAUUGUGAUGGGUUGCCCAAAUAUGAAGAUCUUCUCUCACGGGGAAUGCAGCACCCCUAAAAAAUUGCAAUUAGUGAAAUUGACAAAAUAUGGAGAUGAAGGGUUUUGGGAAGGCAACCUUAAUUACACCGUACAAAAGAUUUCCAAAUUCCUUCUAACCUCUUCCAUGGCAUUGGGCUUGGUGCAACUCUUUAAUCUGAAAGUCACAAACUGUGCCACGAUGGAGCAAGUGAUCACAGGAGAAGGAGCUGAAGACAUGUUUCCUAACCUAUUCACUAUUAUUUUAGAGUCUUGUCCCAACAUGAAAUGUUUCUAUGAGGGAAGUAGUGGGCUUGAGUUUCCAUGGUUGUAUGGAAUUACUGUUGUUAACUGCCCAAUUUUGACUGCUUUUGCUUCUUCAUUUUCAAGUGACCAAAAGAAAGAGAUAACAACUAAUGACCCAGAAAGUAAAGAAAGGCAUGUCAUUCCUAUUCAACCUUUCUUCAGUGAUAAGGUUGUGUUACCAAGGCUACAGGCUGCAUUUCCCAACUUGGAAUGGCUGACUAUCACCCACUUGAAAAACUUAGGGAUCAUAUGGCACAGCAAACUAUAUAUGGAUUCAUUUUGUAGACUAAAAUCAUUGAGAGUUGAAAAUUGUGAAAAGUUAUUGACUAUAUUUCCUUCUAUUGAGGCUGCAUUUCCCAACUUGAAAUGGUUGACUAUCACCCACUUGAAAAACUUGAAGACCAUGUGGCACAGCAAACUAUAUAAAGAUUCCUUUUGUAGACUACAAUCAUUAACGGUUAAAAAUUGUGAAAAGUUAUUGACUCUAUUUCCUUCUAUUGAGGCUACAUUUCCCAACUUGGAAAGGCUAACUAUCACCCACUUGAAAAACUUGGAGAUCUUAUGGCAAAGCAAACAAUGUACAGAUUCCUUUUGCAGACUAAAAUCAUUAACAAUUGGAAAUUGUGAAAGGUUGUUGACUGUUUUUCCUUCUACUGAUAUAUUGGGAAAAAUCUUGAAAUCCCUCGAGGAGUUAUUUAUAUAUCAGUGUGGCUCACUAGAAGGGAUAUUUGAAAUUAGCGAGUUCAAUGUCAAACAAACACAUGCUGUAAUUGACACCAAGGUUAGAGAAUUGAGGAUUGAAGGUCUACCAAGAUUGAAGCAUGUGUGGAAUAAGGAUCCCCAAGAAAUACUCACUUUUCACAACCUGGAAUCAGUCAAGGUAAGUUGUUGUGGGAGUCUCAAAAACUUGUUUCCAGCUUCAAUAGGCAAAACCCUUUUGCAACUCCAAAAGCUACAUUUAUACCAAUGCGGGGUGGAGGAAAUUGUCCCAAUGGGAGAACAAGAAGCUGAAGCAGUUGUUAGCUUUGAAUUUCCUCAAGUAACAAGUCUUAAGCUUGAGGUGCUACCAAGACUUCAAUGUUUCUACCCAGGAAAGCACACAACAGUGUGGCCAAUGUUAAAAAAGUUUUGUUUUUCCCAUUUUAAUCAAGCAAAGAGAGUAGAUAGGCAUGAGCAACUUGACUUCCCUGUGCAAUUACCACAUUUCUCUAUGGAAAAGGUAUGAUUCGUAUCUUAACUUUCCAUUGUUAAAGUAGAACCUCUUGCCAAAAUAAAAUAAUAAAAGAACACCUUAUUACAAAUAUAUAUCAUGUAAUAAGUCAUUACUUUUUAGUAAUCACCAUACAUGGAUAAUGAUAUCAUAUUGGAAAGACAUGGUAACUUGCUUUACUAAGACUUGAGACUGCAUGAAGAUAAUUCUUGGUAUUUCUUUAACUUCGUCAUUAUUGUUUGGAAUCUCUGUAUUAGAUGAAUCUGCUUAUGUUCAUUUAAGAAAAACAUAGUUAAAAGCUGUUUUAUUAUGGCUAUCAAACCAUUGUAAAGAAAAUCUUGAUCUGUAG